GAACUGAGCGCAAUCAAUCAUAAAUGCAACGGUCGACUCUGGUGUGAGAGGUUACUGUUCCACUGUUCGCAUUGCUACUUCACUGGGAAAUCUUACAAAAUGAAAGCAACUCUUCUGUUGUUCGUGUUAUCAGUCUAUAUUCCAAUUUGCAUUGGGAGAAAUGUUAAAGCCUUACACGCGUAUGAUUAUGUACACAAACCUCGUAUGUGUUAACUGUUGUACUUUUAAGUAGUUUAGUUUGUAUUCUUGAUUGCAAGCUUUCUUUAUUCGGCUUGAUAUGUUUUCAUAGCUUAAAAUUACUGAAUAAUGUCUCAUUGCAGGUCUGUCGAUAAGAGGAAGCGAAUUUUCGGACGAAGGUAAUCAUUGUUGGGAAGAAUUCAAUCUGAAAUGCUUUAUUUUCUAACCAGAUAUCAACAAAACAGUACUUGAAGCACCCGAGGUACCGUUGUUUUCGAAGCUUAAUGUGGAAUGGGCUUUCAGAGUUAAUUGGUAUUUUGUAUUCUGUCACUUUCCCGCCAAGACAAAUUUUGAGUGCUCCGGAAAUUUUUAGACAAGUAAGGUUUUGUGUAAUAAAUAAGCUAAGACGUUUGAACAAAGAGUCCAUGUAAAUUUUCACAAUUUCAUCUCAAACUGAUAUUUUUGUCUUAAUCAUUUUAGGCUCUAUUAUUCAUCAUUAAAUGAAGCGCGAAGUAAAUUAAUUAUGCUUUGCCGUGUAAAGUCAGGCGAUUGAACUAAAAAAUCUAAGUUUAACUUCAAUCUCAACCGUAGUAACUGCCUAACUUCUGGUCACGCGAAUCACUUUUUUUCUAAAAAAAAAUGCACCUUGCAUAAUCAUUGUCACAGGACUUUCCCGCGCAAAUUUACUUUAAUAUUUAAUUAGCUCUCAAAAUGACGACUUAUUAGGCUAAUUAUAGCAAUUUCGAUCUUAUAACAGAAUGAGGUGAGAAAAGUCACGAAAAUUUGCUUUUUAAUUUGUAAUAGGUUGUGAAGAUUUGCCAAAGUGGAAGAAUGAUUGCCCAAAAUGGGCAACUUACAAAUAUUGCAAAUCGAAAUUUAUGCAGCAUUACUGUAGAGGAACCUGCAAAGUUUGCGGCGAAACAGGUAAAUUAUAUAAUUACAUGUCACAAAACAUCUAUCAUUUUAAGUCAACGUAGCUUUCUACCAGUGGAAAAAUUUUAAAUGCAGAUACGAACGAAUCCGGAAUCGCAUUGGUUUUGUCCCUCUUCAUUCUAUCGAUGGUUUAGCAAACUCGUAACACCUUCUCGAACAAUCAAGUGCGAAGCUAAAAACAGUUGCGCCAUGUUUACUCGCAUUUCACCCCCCCCCCCCCCCUUCUCCCUACACGCAGUUUAUUUGUUUUCACUUGACUCCUCACGAUAUUUCCCGCAAUUCUUUUUAAAUACACUCAUCUUGAUCGGAUGAACUUCAGAUAAUCUAAAAUAUGUGCUCUUAAUUUUGUUAUAUAUCUACUUUUUCUGAUCUUACAGUGCCGCCUCCAGGGCCCAUCGAAAAAAAGCCACCAGCGCCUCCUGCAGGUAAUUUUGUGCGAAGUGAAUAAGGAAAAAAAGGAUUAAAAAUACUAGCUUUACAUCGUAGUAACCAUUAUUGUUCCUCCUAUUCGCUCUCCGAAUAGAAGGAAGGAUAAUAUUUCAUCAGUCCAUUUCGAUGUUGAUCAUUUAUUAGAAAUGAAUUCAGUUUUGUUUUAAAUCGUAGCUAGAUAUAAUCGCCUUUGAUGAAAAGGCACUAGGAAAUUAGAGAAAACACAAACGCUGUUAUGAAUAAAGCUGAACCAGAAGUUUCCAAAGUUAUUUUUCAAAAUUGUUGAAAAACAUGUAUGGUAUAAAAGUGCAAAUUGAUCCAGUUAGCUUCCUUGAAAAAUGCGCUUUUUCGAAUGGUGGCGCAAAUUCGAGGUUUUGUAGCACUUCAGAGUUAGACUUCUGCUGUAGAAUGGAAACCAAGUCGGUGUGGAGAAAAUAAUGCAAAAGGAUAAUUGCACAAGUUUUAGAUUAUCAUCUCUUACAACCAGUAGAGCUGAUUAAGUUACUAGUGAAUCUGAUAUUUUUUUGUAUUGUUCACAUAUUAGCUUUCUGUCAAGACUAUGACAAAAGGUGUGGAUUCUUUAAGAGAGUUGGACUGUGCGAAAAUCCUGAACAAAGGGAACACAUGGCAAUUUACUGUGGAGUGACUUGUGAAAUGUGUAAGCAAAAGCCUGUUGCUGUUUAAAGAUAAACUGCAGCGUAGAACUUACCAAAAGGUUUUUGGAUAUGAGGUGACAACAUAAAGCAUAGGAUGACAAUUUUACUCUCUAUUUUCCAAACACCGCUGUAGCACGACAAGGAUAAAAGUUGUCGUAAAUCCUUUUUACUGGCUGUUAUUAUUAUUGAAUGUUACCAAGAAAAACGGGACUAACCAAAAAAAAAAAAAAAAAAAUAAAAAAUGAAUAUGUUCAGAAUCAAACGAUUUGUACCCUUCAUAGUACAUUAUACGCAUACAAUAUACUAUUUGCAAUAAUAAUUUAUGACAUCGUUGACCAAGGUCAGAUAACCAAGCAAUCAUUAAACUAACAGAAAAAUGAAACACCACAAAACAGAAACCUAACAAACCUAACGAAGCGUAACAGUUUUAGUAAAUCUUAACUGAAAAAGAAAUCUAAGAGAAUCAUUUGUUUUUUUUUUUUUUUUUUGCAUUUGUUUUCAGGCCAGGCACCCACCCCAGAGGGUAAGUCAAAGAACAGUCUGUAACAUUUAUGAUAAUGCGCACCAGUUAACUUCGAUAAAAAGAACUUUAAGACCUUAUCUGUUUUCCACUUUCUCCUGAAGCAAAGGAGAAACUCGAAUGAUAUGAAUUCUCCUGAUUUUCUUGAAAAAAAAAUCUGGGUAGAGUAACAAAGAACUCCAUUUUAAGAAAUCACUGUCGAAUCAGUGAUAUAACCAUAAAAUUGAAAGUUUCCUUUUGCAUCAAUUUACAGUAUCUACUAGACUGAUUAUAUAUAAGCUUGCACUAUUUAGUGGCUGGUUUCUUUUUCCCUUUUUUUGACAGAAUGUUACGACAAAUUUGAUCAUUGUAAAGAAUUGAAGGAAGCCGGAGACUGUUCCUCUUCUGACCCCAAAAAGGUUUAUGAAGUGAAAACAAAUUGUCUGGUUACGUGCGAGUUCUGUGGUAAGAGAUCAUGGGAAAAAAUGUUUAUAGUAUGA